CGGAGGGCUCGAGGCGCGGGGAGCCGAGGUGGAACGAGGCGAAGCCGGCCGGGCCGGGGCCUCAUCCUUCUCCCAGCGCGAGCGCCUGGCGUCGGCGUGGCAGGAGGUCGUGGGAAACCGGGGCAUAGUGUUUGAUGAAAAAUCUAUGUGUAUGGAGUAAAAAUGGCAGGCUUCCUAGAUAACUUCCGAUGGCCGGAAUGUGAGUGUAUUGACUGGAGCGAGAGAAGAAAUGCUGUUGCUUCUGUGGUUGCGGGCAUAUUGUUUUUUACAGGCUGGUGGAUCAUGAUUGACGCAGCCGUGGUGUAUUCCAAGCCUGAGCAGUUGAACCAUGCUUUUCACACGUGUGGGGUAUUUUCCACAUUGGCUUUCUUCAUGAUAAAUGCUGUGUCCAAUGCUCAGGUGAGAGGCGACAGCUAUGAAAGUGGCUGUUUGGGAAGAACAGGUGCUCGAGUCUGGCUCUUCAUUGGUUUCAUGUUGAUGUUUGGGUCACUUAUUGCCUCCAUGUGGAUUCUUUUUGGUGCAUAUGUUACUCAGAACACUGAUGUGUAUCCAGGACUAGCUGUGUUUUUUCAAAACGCUCUUAUAUUUUUCAGUACUCUAAUCUACAAAUUUGGAAGAACUGAAGAACUCUGGACCUGAUCACUUCUUAAAUCACACUUUCCUUUUGUUACAUUCUACUUAUAGAUAAGUUUUAUCUCAAUAUAAUUUACACAUUGCCAAAUGGAACAGAUUAUAUUUUACGUUAAAUGUUUUGAUUCUUUCUUUUUCUUAUUUUUUGAGGUAGGGUUUCACUCUAGCCCAAGCCGACCUGCAAUUGACUGUGUAGUCUCAGGGUGGCCUUGAACUCUGUCCCAUGAGUGCUGGGAUUAAAGGCGUGUGCUACCACACCUGGCAUAUGUUUUGAUUCUUUAUGUUUUUACACCCUGAGUUUUGAGAUACUUUUAGAAAUGUUUGUCUUAUCUUUUUCAUUGACUUGACUGUUAAUAUGUACAUAUUACAUGACUGUAUAGGUUGGAUGGUGUCAGUUUUUUUUUCUUCCUGAGGCUUAAGGAUUUACUGGUUCCCUGAGCCAGGGUUGUGUCAUAUAGUGUUUUAGAGAGAAACACUGUCUCAUAUCUCUUAUGUUUGAAGACACGCAAAAAAUAUUCAGCUCCAUAUAACCCGAAAUAAGCAUUGAACCAUUAAAAAUGGUAUUUCUCCAAGUUGUACUUUAUUUUGGCUUAGAAAUGAGAUUUUUUUAAAAGGAAAAAUGUUUGUCCUUAUGUAUUAGAGAGGUGAACUUUUUAUAUGAAGAUUUUUUUAAAUGCCCAAAGGACUAGUUUGAAAGCCUCUUUUAAAAAGAAUUCCUCUACUAUGACUUUGUUUGAGAAGGGAUAACGCUAGAUCAAAUCAACUCGGUUUUUUAUGGUUCAUAUGAAAAGACCACAAGGCAGCUUAGCAGUGUGCUUCCCAUAGCAGCAGCCCUCACCCUCUCCUGGGCUGCCCGUGUCCGCCAUGGCACAGGGCACGGCCGGCUGCUGGGAGCCGUGCAGGCGCGGAGGCGUGCGGCAGGAGCAAGAGGUGCAGUUCCCGGGCCCAGUGAAGGGUCAGGCCGAACCCCCGCCGCCCUACCUGCACGUCUCCUUUUGCGCGAGCUCUCCAGCCUUGGGAGGAGUUGCUGUAACUGUAUCUCCUGAAGACUGCCUUCCCUGGAUGGUAUUUGCACUGUGUAUAUUCCUGUGGCUUUUAUUGCCACUUUUGCUUUCCCAGAGGGAUUUUAUAGAACUUUAUCAUAAAACAGUAGUAUCCAUUGUAGAAUAUGCAACCUCUAAUGCAAGCCUUACUCUGCAUAACUUCCUCUUGUCUCGAGGACUGACUGCACAGGAUGGAGCAGCCUGGGACAGACACUGUGCCUUCGUCCACAGGCGCCUCGCUUCAGGACUUGAUCUCUUCCUAGGAAGGUCAGCUUUGUCUGUCCUCCAGCAAAUUACAAAAUGAACUCCAUGUUUCUACUCUUGUAACCUGUUGCAAUAAAUACUACUUCCCACGCAUUCGAACAUUGUUAAGUUUGCUGGAGAAAAUGAGCCAUACAGAUUAGUUUGCCAAUUACUCUUCAGUUAUUCAAUUAUUAAGUCUGAUUAAAGGGGCAUUUUGUACUCACACCACGAGCAGAAGUGAUGUGCUGAGGCCAUGCAAUGCCAAGAAAGGUUUAUGACGGGCAUCCCCGAUGACCAGCUGAAAGUGUUGGUGGCUUCUGCUCAUGACUCUGCUGUGAAUUUUGUUUGAAUUGGGAAUAAAUGAAUUCAUUUCUUUUGUUUAUUUUUACAUUAAAAGAGAGAUAAUGUUAGUAUCUCAUAGAUACUGUGAGUCAGUAGAAUCCUGUUAAUCAUCUAAAUGCACAUGAUUCUUUUAAUAAAGCUCUUACUAUUACACAA